AUGCACAAAUGCUACUGCGGCGUAUUGAGAUCAGGAAGUGAGCGGCAGCAGCAACAUCUUGCCCAGCAUCCAGAGCGAGAUCAGCAUCCACGUGGCUAUCUCAGGUCGGUGACCUCAUCUUCUAGACAAAGCCUGCGACCCACCCAGUUUAUAAAGCGUCCAAGCCUAAAGACCCCGCCCAGAUUUGGCCUAGGACACUCCAGCACCGAGCUGGUCAAUGACUUCAGUCGCCGCAACUCCACAGCCACCACGGUGAGUCACUGCUCCAGCUGCAGCUGCAGCUCCUCCCAGCAGCGCCAGCAAAGCAGGGCCAAGGUUUUGCGAUGGGGCUGGAAACGAACAGGCGGUAUUGACAGCUCAAACACGAAUCACCAUGAUGGAUACACGGACAAUCGGCGGCUUUAUGAGCAGAGCGCAUGCGUCGCCAGUCGCCAGAGGAGCCAAGGUCAGGGUCAGGUUUACAGUGGCAACUCGACGCCAUCGCCACGCCCAGUUCAGUACCCCAACCAGCAGGCCACUGAUGAGCUGCAGCAACUGCAGGCCCUGCAGCACUUCCGCCUGAUGAACGUCGGCGAAUGCUUCAGUGAUGGACGCCAGGAUGAGCUGCGUCUGCAGCGGGCCUAUGAUAAAAUAAGUUGCGGUAACUCGGACAAGUGGAACAAGGAUCGCGCCAAUGAGAGCAGGCAACAGGAAGUGACGAGGAACAGCAGCACCACACCCUAUGCCUUGAGGCAGAAGCUGCUCCAGCUGAGGCUCCAGGAGGAGGAGCGACGUGGCAGGGGCACGGGAGCCACCUGUGCUCCUUUGGGAAAGAGUUGCGCACUGCGAUAUAACUAA